GCAAAUAGAAAGAAAGGAUUCAAAGGAAUGAAAAAACUAUCUCUUGGCUUCACUUUCAUGGCUUUUAUAAACUCUAGCCAUCUUCUUCAUGUCCUCUUUCUAAUUAAGUAUCAAACACCGGAAAGCUCCUUGACAGUACCUUCCCGUAUGCUUUCUUAUAUAUAUAUAUAUUGCAUAAUCUAUAUAUAUGCCUAGUUCUCUAGUUCUUUUUGUGCACUUGUGAAGGAUGGGGAAAGCUCCAUGCUGUGAUAAAACAAAAGUUAGGAGAGGGCCUUGGUCUCCAGAGGAAGACAUACUUCUUAUAAACUUUGCUCAGAAGCAUGGCACUGGUGGUAAUUGGAUGACUUUGCCACAGAAAGCAGGGCUUCGACGAUGUGGCAAGAGCUGUCGAUUACGGUGGAUGAACUACCUCAGACCUGACAUCAAGCACGGAGGUUACACUGAAGAGGAAGGCUACAUCAUUUCCACUCUCUACAAGACCAUUGGAAGCAAGUGGUCUAUCAUUGCUUCUCAUCUUCCAGGAAGAACAGACAAUGAUGUAAAGAACUACUGGAACACAAAACUAAAGAAGAAGGUGACAACAAUUGCAGAAGAUACAGAAGCCUCUCAAACUCCAACUCCAGCCAUUGAUCAUAGUAUUGAUCAAUCCAAGACCUUUAUCUCAGAACUCCUCAAUGAUCUCAAUGAAGUCUCCUCUAAAUCCUCUCCUGGCCAAGAGAGUAGCAACAUUAACAUUCCUGACUGGUUUGCAUAUGAAAAUGGAGAGAUGAAUACAUUGUUGUGGGAGUUGGGGUUUGCAAGUUCUAGUGAUACUUCCAUGCAAGAGAUUGGAGAUCAUAUUGGUGGUGAUUCAAGCAUGGCAAGCAUUGGUAGUUUGUGGUCUUUUUCUGAGACCAUGCCACAAAGUAGUGCUACUAAUGAGUUAUAUAUAUGACUUAUAGCUAGCAUGAGACGUUGAUUAUAAUUAUCAAGGAAAGAAAUGAAGGAAUGGAAACUUCUUUUAUUACUUGAUUUUGUGUUGGAGCUUGUCAAUUAAUGGGUAGAGAUAUAGAUAGAAUUUAAGGAAAGAUAGUAAUGAAUUGUUCUAGCCUUUU